ACCAAACGAAAGUACUUAAAAAUUCAAGAAAAUGUUGCCUUCAAACUAUAUUACUAAAAUAAUAAACAAAGGAGUUAUAGCACUUUUAAUAUCACAGGUCAACAUGAGUUUCAGAUGUAAGUAUAAUAACACAGUACAACAAAAAUUGAUUUUUUUUAUGCAACAGAGUAACCUAAAUUUAAGGAUUAUGUUGAGAGGAUUUCGAAAUUUUUAUUUUAUUUUUUUUUUAACCCUUCGAAAUACAGCCGAAAAGGUGUUUUCGUUGAAAGUUGGGUAUUUGACGGCCGAUUUUUAAAAUUAACAUGUCAUCACAUUUCCUUUUAAGCUAUGAAGUCGUUUACCCAUGGUUAGGUCAGCUAACAAAAUUCGCCCCCACAAAUUCCUCCAACAGUUUUCUUAGUUGGAAAUUUAAUCUCACUGCUUUCGUACCAAUUUAGGUACAUUUUUGCUACGAUUUUUCCCAAAUUCAUACUCUUUGUUUUCGUCGCAUCAGCAACCCGGGGAGUGCAAAACUGACGCUGUCAAUAGCGAGCUAACCUCUUGUAAUUUAAUCAUGCCAAUAAAUUUUAUGUUGGGGUCUGAAAUUAUGACUUGCACCAAAUACCCGGUAGGUUGUCCACACUAUAAUAGUUAAUGUUAUAAACAAAAACAUAUAUUUUCCUUAUCAGGUUGUAAGUGGUUUUGAGGCUAUUGCUAUGGGAGUUAUUCCUGAAAAUAUUGGCUCUUGGGAAUUACGCAAUGAUCAGCGUUAUUUAUUUGAUAUGGUUUUGGCAGUAAAUAAUGGUGAAUGCGAUGAAUAUCUCGCUAGUAAGAGCCCCGGUCCCGUCAGUACAGCUCGGUGGCUUACAACAGCUUCCAGGUUACUUCGGGUAUAUGUUUCCAAAGAAAGCCCGUCAGCGGAGUUGCGAAACAUGGUAGAGUUUGUUGUGAAAGUUUAUGCACCAUUCUGGUUUCUUGUAAAGAGCCAGCCACAAGCAAUUCAUGGAAGUAGACACGUUUUUAAGUAUAUUUGCUGGAUACGCGAACUAUCAAAUGCUGUUCAAGCCAUUAUACGUUCAGCUAUAGAAAAUAAUGCAUAUUAUUUUCACCCAGAAAAUAUAUUAUUAGCCAUGAUAACCGACGCUGAUCCAGAGAUACGUAAUGAUGGGUACGAAAAAAUCAAAACAGCACGUCAAUAUCCACCAGCAGGGCUUCGCGUGUUCAAGGUCCCAAAGCGUGGCGUAAUAAACUUUGAAAGUAAGUCGUAUGUCAGCAUGAUCGAUUGGAGUCAGUUUAAGAUUACGGAACCCCCUUGUGUGCAGUUCUACCCAGAUAGUGAACUUACAAUGUUUCAAUUUUCGGAAAAUGAAGUGAUAAAUAUCCCAGAGUUCCUCUGUCAUUCCCAGAAUACCGAACGGUUUGUGCGUGUUGUUAGUGAGUCUGCAAGUGCUGUCACUGAUGAAAAGCGCCUGGGCCACAUUUUUGCAAAAUUAGAAAGCCGAGACCAAUAUAAAAGCCUUGAUUCGCGCCAAAAUUUGCUUAAGUAGCAAUAAAUAUUGUAAGUGAAAUAACUUUUUUGUUGAUUAUUUUAGUAAUAUAGUUUGA